AUGGAGGAUGCUACGCCCAUUUCCAUGUCGCCACUAAAGGUGCAGUGUUUCAAGUUGAAAAAAUUACUAAAAACGAAAUCCUGCUACCCCAAAUCCAAAUCAGGUGGCAGCCCCACUUCUGGGGUUACCCUGCGCAGCGCUCGUGUCGCAGCCAGGGAAAACUCAGUUUUCUGAUUGCAGAAUGAACUGCAAAGGAUAUGAAGAUGCCCAUGAAAAGCAGAUAUAUUUGAUUUUUAGAUUUAAGUUUAAUUCCUUGCUGUUGUAAUGAUGCCUGGCAGGAUGAAGGUGAGUGGAAAGAAAGUGGGAAGGCCCAAAGAUUCUCAAAAAAAUUCCCAAGAGAGGAACAAUCAUGACAUAGGAAAACAUUCUCUUAAGGGAAAACAUAAUGAUAUCACAAAAAUCAAAACGUCGCAAGUUCCGGGAGGGUCAUCUUCUAAAACUGAAAAUGUCUUGACAUUUCCAUUGUUAAAAACUAUUGACAGAGAUAAAAUGCUACCUCGCUACUCUGCAGUACUUAGUCGGUCUGAUGAGGAAGGUGUUCUUAUGGACGAUUUAGAUGCUUUACAGAUGGAGCUUGAGGCAUUGUUAUCUGCUGUUGUUGUACGCAGUAGAGUGCUGCAAAAGGAAAUAAACACAGUCACUAAUAAUGAAGAGAAACACAAGAGGAGAGGUAAUUUUGCUAAUAGACAUCGCCAUACUACAAAAAUAAAUGUUCACAAUAAACGUGGUAGAAAAUUGAAAGAAUCUAAAUUGCAAGACUUGGGGAAGGCCCCUGUGGGUAUCAAAUUUACAAAGGUCAAAAGUGUUCCAGCCAGUAUCAGUUCUUCUGCCAAUAUUUGUCUACCAGAUCAUGAGCCACAAAAAUCUGUAAAACAUGAUUCUCCAAGAUUAUUACAUUCACGAUAUGAUUUGCCCAAUAAAUUCUGGGCAUCAGUAGACUCAUAUUGUGGAGAAAUUACUCGUGAUGAUAUCAGAUUUCUAGAGGAACUUGCCAAAGAAUGCGAAAGUGGAGAUGAAUAUCAAAAGAUUCCCCCCCUAGGCCGUCACUACAGCCGGCGUUGGGCGGAUGAAGAUAUGAAAAGUGAACAAGAAGAAGGUAGAAGUGAUGCAAGAGGCCAAAAUAAAGGGAAUCAACUUGAAGCACAAACACUACUGAAGAAAGGAGAAAAAGCAAGUGAAGUUUCUUCAGGUCCCUUAACUCAGCGUUUAGUUUCUACAUUGAUUGAAGAAAAUGUGAAAUUGAACUGUACUGAAAAAUUGGAUUCAAAAUCGUCAGGUGGGGAAAAUGUUACGCCUCGGUCAGGGUUAUUUCGAACAUUCAUUACCAACAAUACAGUUAAUUUUGAUAGAAAAGUGAGAAAAGAAUUGGAAGAUCAAGGUAUUCUGGAAAACAAUGAUCAGCCUAAAGAAAGUUGUGUUGAUGAUGAAAUUCUUCAAGAAAUUAAGAGGUGCCAAACAGAAUUACAAACUCUCAAUGAUUAUAACCACAUGCAUUUAAAAAGGCUCAUCAGUUUAGCUGAAGUUCAGAUAACUCGGCAAGAGUUAAAAAGAAAACUUCAUCGUGUUGAUUGCGAUAUAAUGGAAAGUUAUAGAAAUGUCGUUGCAGCAAAACAGCAAAAGAAAGUUCUCUCCAAGACUGAACAAGACAUGUGUUGGAAAGCUCUCAGAGAACGUGAAGCUCUAUUAAAACAGCUUGACUGUUUAUAAAUAUUACUUCAUGAGAUAAUGUUUUAAUGGCCAGAUAGUACUGCAAUAUUUAAGUUAAUCUGUUGCCAACAGUCCUAAAGUCAAAUUAUGUCAUUUCUUUCGUAAUUAGUGUUUUGUAAAUUAAAAGAAUUUAUGAAAGAUAUUUGAAAUAUAUAAAAAGUCACUAAGAAUAUGUUAAUUACUAUUAGGGCCUGGAUGUAAAUGACUUAAAAAAUUAGAAUAAAAAAAUUAGAAAAAAGAACUUGCUUGACUUAAAACAGAGAUAAGACCUAACAAAUUUUUAAUUUCUUCUUUCACAUAGUUGCUAAUAGUAUGAAGAAGAAAACAAUAAUGUAAGGGAUGAGUAGGUCAUAAAGACACAAUUUUGAGUUUUUCAAGUGACACUUCCUGUUUAGUACAAUAGAUUUCUAUUUUCUUAGUAUGAUGGCACCAUAAUGCCUGACUGAAUUUGUUGGCUGUAUGUUGAUUUACAUGUGUGCUUCAUUAAAUAUCCUGCAUCUCUGAGCUGAUGGGCAUAUGAUUAUCUCUCACUGCUCCUGUCAUAUUUAAGUAACUUUUAACAAAGUUAAAAUUAAUAUUUUUAAUUGUUAGCUUUUAAAAUUCAAAUAUGGAAAUGCACUGAAACUAGCAAAAUGCUUUGAAUGGACAUUGUACCUAAUGGAAAUCUCAAAAAAAGAUGAAAUUACCAAGGAUCUCCUCUAAAUAAACACCCAUCUUAAAGCAAUCACCUCUCUCAAUGGCAGAAAUGUUUUGAAACCCAAAAUAACCAGACAAACAAAAUGUCCAAUAUAUUGUUCAGGUACCACCCUUCACUGUGACUAAUAAUUUAAGUUUUGAUUUUGUAAAAGUAAUCAGUUGGACUAUGAAACUUUUGAAAACCUCAGACAUGUUCUGCUGCAGACAUGUAUCCUCCUAAUGUACGUUUCUAAGAUGUAAGUCAGAAUCCUGUAUUGGUGUUGUAAAAUAUAAAUGACCUGAUUUCUAUUCUUUUAGAUAGGUAUAGAAUUUAAGCUAGAGAAUAGAUUUUCAGUUCUGUUCUUUCCUCAUUAUUUAUAUCUCUGUAUGUUUAUUUUCAAUCAAGGGGCUCAAAUGGUGUUGCAGAUUCCUUGAUAUUUACUAUAUGCUAUGUAACAGUAGAGACCAAAGUGAUGGGAUAGUCAGGAAAACAAUGAUGUUUCCAGUGUUGAAGUUUCAAAUCUCCUGCACCUGAAGGAAUCUUGUGUUAUUGUCAUCUAUUUAGGAGGAGGAAGUGUUCAAUAGAACCUUCUUCAUUCAAUACCUUGCAAAUGGCAGAGCUAACAAUGUUAAAUUUAAACAAGUCAGUUUUGGAUAACAAAGUGUCACUUAUUGUUCUUGCCCACAGAACCUGUUUCUCUUUUGCAGCAUCUCUGAUUACUAUAUGUAAUUUUGCUGUUUUUUAAUAUAUUUAAAUUUUUUUCGUUGCUUUUUCCUUUUAAAGCUUCCUGAGAUGGGAUGCUUUUUUCUUUUAAAGCAUCCCAUCUCAGGGAAGUCUUCAAUCUUUUUGAAGAUUUUUGUUGUUAAUUUUUUUUUCUGGAACUGGAUGUUUCUUUACUACAAUUGCCAGCAACACAUAACUAAUAAAAUAUUUUAAUCAAAAUAUGAACAAGAACUUACUUUAAGUUCGCUGCACAAAUAUUUUAAAAAACAAGAAAUAUAACAAGUCAUGAGCAUCUAGAUCCUAAUUGUUAUUAUGAUACUAUUACUGAAUUAGUUAUCAGUCUGGUAAACUUAGACAUAAUGUCCACAAUUUUAUAGAUUUUUAAAUAUUUAUAUAUACUUUCAAUGCAUUGGUAGUAAUUUUGAGUUUACAUAGUAAACUAAUAAUGUGCCAUGUGUCAGAAUUGAAAGUUUGCUCCAUGAAGCAUCAGAAUGUCGAAGUGACAAUAUGACAAAGCCUAGUGACUGAAAUAUUAUUUAUCUGAAAACAUGCAAGAUAAUGGAAAAUUUGAAACAGAUUCAAUCACAGCUGUGAUAUUGACAUGUUCAUAGGAGACUGAAUGUUAUAUAUGCAUUUGCAUCUUAAUUAAUUAUAUAUAUAUACUAUAUAUAAUUAAAUAAAUCUGUUUGUUUCCACUAUAUCCACCAUUGAUGUAUGCUUCAGAGGAUUAGUGGAUAGAGUGCAAAUGAGCAAGAACAACUUAAUAAAUUGUGGAAAAAUUAAAAUAGAGUAAUUUUUUUAUUACAUAAGAAUAUGUAUUUUCAAAUAGUACUGUGUAUUGGCUACAAAUGCAUGAUCAUAUUCAGCUCUUGCUAUGCUCUUACUUUAUUGUGCUAUACCAGUUGUACUAAAAAAUUGUAAUUGCUGUAAAGUUAUAACUACUCACAUUCACAAAGUGUUGAGACUGCAGUGUUGCCAAUCAUGUAAACUGCACCACACCAGGCCUGUUAAAAUUACUCACAGCAGCACCAAGUCAAAACAAUUCAUAACAAUAUUGACCAUUGAUCAUUAUUUUUUAGUUACAUCAGGUAUGGUUUGACUUACAGAAUAUCAUGUGAAACCUUCAUAGGUAGGUGUACAGACGACAAAUGAGAGAUUGUAGCAGAGUCAUGACAAACUGGAAUUUGAAGAAAGUAGUUCUAUAUUGUGCAUAAGACUUUCAAGUUACAAGCAUUUGGGGUGUUGGCUCAAGCAUGAGAAUUGUACAUUGAUUGAACAAAAUUGGCUAAAUUUCUGAAACGGCUAAUUCUGUUAAAUCUGUAUACCAAGUCUGGUUGACAUGAAGGUUAUGGAAAGCAGUGGUGUAACUGAGAUCUCUUGGGCCCUGCUGCAAAAGUUUCUAAUAGAUCCCACAUCUUUAUUUAAAUUGUCAGUUGGAUGUUAACAAUUAAAGUGUUUAGAAAUAAUAUUUACUGUAACAUUUGUUUGACAAGACAUUAGAAUGUUCGUGAUAUUCGUGAAGUUGCUGAACUCUUUAUCAAAUGGUACAUCAUGCAUUACACCAAAUAUUACGUGUACCAUAAAACAGUAAUGAAUUUUUAAGCUUGUUUCCUCAGUUUGAAAGUAUAGAGACUUAAAAAUAAUUUAAUUUAAUUUUGAGGAUCCUUUAAACAUCUGUCCCCCUGACCGACCUUCUUCAUUGAUCAGUUAUGUAGGCAGGCCCUGCAGGUCCUUUAGUUACAACUGUUUGGAAUAAAUGACCAUAAUUAUACCCUGUAGUUAAAUUAGUAUUCAAACAAAGUUCUGCUUCAUUGCACUCCUAGUAUGCAAAGAAACCAUUGUCUAUAAUAUCAGUGUUAUAAAUAUACAAUGUGUCAAUGUAUCAAUUUUGAUGUAAAAUAUUCUCAUCCAUGUAAUUUAAUUUAAAUGUGACUUCUUGUUGGGAUUGAAGAAAUAACAAUACCAUGCCAAAGAUUACCAUGCCUUCCAUUGGGCAAUGGUCUUUGAAAAAGGAAGUGUUCUAAAGCAACUUACAAUUUCACUUAACCACUAUCUUAAUAUUUUCAGCUUGCAGAGGAAUGGAUGUAUUAGUAAUACAAUAAAAAUGCUGUUAGAAAUUGUGAAAUUUCUCAAUUUACCAUUUGAAAAAGGCAAUUCUUUUGGGAUAACAUAUGAUUAUGAAUAUAUUGGUUAUAUGUUUACAACAGGGGUGAGAUGUAUUAACUGCAACCUAUCUAGUAACCUUCAAUUAAUAUAUGUUUAACUGGCAACCUAAAUGCUUAAGUGGCAUUGAUGUGUACCUUACCUGGUUAUUAGGCCUGUUGUACUUACCAGUGCUCUAUUUCUGGUCUUAAAAAUUUGAAAUUCUUUAGAAUAGACAAGUAAUUGAUAAGUGGUAGAGAAAAUGUUUUUCUUGCACUCUUAACACGCAUCUUGACAUUCUGUAUGUAUAACAAACUUCAUAGUUUUGGCACGUAGCACUAAAAAAGUUAAAUGUCUUUGGCUUUCGUAGAGAGUUAUUGGUCAGUAAAAGUCAUUGUUUUAUUUGUCAAUAAACAUUUUCUCAAACACUUGUGAUUAUAAAAAAUGUUAAAUGAAUACCUAUGUUAUGCUACAAUAAUUGUUCUCAGAUUCAUGUUGUUUCUGAAAUUGCAGAUGAAUUUAGGAAGCCAUUUUUGCUUCAUUUUGUUGUGAAUAGUAUUUAUGAAUAAAUAUGAUUCAUGUGCUUCAUCAUUUCCUUCAUUUCUCCAUACACAUUAUUGUGCUGUUCGGUGUAUUCAUGCUUUUAAAUUGUGAUUGCUGUGAGAAAUUUUGUGUAAAGCAAUUCAUAAUUUAAUAUCAUAUCAUCUUCGUAGUAACAAAACCGAACACCUUGAAACAUUAUGUAUUUGACAAAUUAUGAAAUAUGCUUGUUGAUGUGCAGCCCAGAGUUCCAUAUCUUAUUUUGCAAUUUUUAUUUUUUACCUGCAAAGAAGUUUCUUAGGAUGGCCAAAG